GGCGGGCCCCGGCGGCGGGCCUCGGGCGGCGGUGGCGCAGCAGCGGCGGCAUUGGCGGAGCGCGUGUGCGGGCCCGGGAGCGGCGGCAGCGGCCGGAGCCCGGGGAGGCGGCGGCGGAGCUCGGAGGCGGCCCCGGCGCAGACCAGGAUUUGUCAUUCCCAAGCAUUGAGCCAAUGGAGGAGAAGGAAGAGCCCCAGAGAUGCCGCACGAGGAGGGGCUGCAAACCCAGCCCAGAGAGCUGCAAGAAGGAAAGACCACCUCUGUGCCAGAAAGGUGGCCCGAGGUCCAGCCGGAGCUCAGAGCUGGUGGAGAAGGCUCACAAGUGCUUGGAAUGUGGGAAGGGCUUCAGCCGGAACUCGCACUUGGUCCGGCACCAGAUGAUCCACACUGGGGAACAGGUGGAACGACCCUGCAAGUGUGGGGAAUGUGGGAAGUCCUUCAGAGACAGCUCCAACCUGCUCCAGCACAUGAGGAUCCACACUGGGGAACGGCCCUAUGAGUGUUUUUUGUGUAAGAAGACCUUCAGACAGAGCUGCAGCUUGAUGGCACACCACAGGAUCCACACUGGGGAAAAGCCCUAUGAGUGCUUGGAUUGUGGGAAGAGCUUCGGGUGGAACUCCGACCUGAUCCGGCACCAGAGGACCCACACUGGCGAGAGGCCCUACGAGUGUUCCGAGUGUGGGAAGAGGUUUCGGAGCAAGUCCCAUGUCCUCCUGCAUCAGCGGACUCACACAGACGAGAGGCCCUUCCGCUGCCCCGACUGUGGGAAGGGCUUCAACCGCAACUCCCACCUCACCAUCCACCGGCGCAUCCACACUGGGGAGAGGCCCUACGAGUGUGGGGAGUGUGGGAAGAGCUUCUGCAGCAGUUCUGCCUUGACCCAACACCAACGAAGGCACCACUAAGGGAAGCCCUGCGAGUGGCCCAAGUGCAGGAAGGGCUUCAUACACUGCUCCUACUACAUCCCCUUUGGAGACUCGGGCGCCUGCCAGUGGGGCUGUAACACCUCAACUCUGGAGGGGUAGAAACAAGCAAAGAGAAACACCCCUCUGAGGUUACACCCCUCCCUCUCACAGGCCUCUGUAGACACAUGUAAUGUGUUAAAUUUCAUUGGUUUAUCCAGUUGACAUUACCCCUGUUCAGCCCCUUUUCACCAUGUUUAUAUCCCCCUAGAAUGUUCUUCCCUCACCUGAUCCCCAUUGGCCCCAGUUUGCUGCAGUGUUCCAUUCCUCUUAUCCCAUUGGUUCCCCUCGUUUGCUGCCCUUCCUCUGCACUACUUUUCCCUGCUUCCAUUGGUUCUUGACCUUCAAAUCCACCCCUUGUUCCAUAUUUAACCCUUGACCCUGCUUGGCCCUCUUCCUGGCAGUAAAGGGCUUUUGGAUCUCCAAAGAAAGACCUUUCCUUCCCUCCUUCACCAGCUCCUUUAGCAAGUGUGCCCCGGGCCUUGAAAGCCCAGGUUGCUCUCUGGGACUCGUUGAAGCAUGCUGCUUCAGUCUCCCACUGGAGGAUCCACAGUGGAUGAUCCCCAGUGACUCCUGUUGGGAAGAGCUCUGGUGAUCCUCGUUCUGCAUGAUCCCCAUUGGGUGGGGGGAAGGUGUUAGAGAGAUUUCUUUCCCUUCUCCUUGUCCUGCUGUGAUUUGGUUGGUAGUAAAUUCACUCCCUGUACCCUGGCUGGGUCUGUUUUGCCAUGCUGGUGCUCAGGGUGGGAUCUCUCCCAGUCUUUCUCUGCACUCCUGGCCCUUUCCUUGUAUUUCUUCUCCCUGUGCCAUUGCAGAGGGCAAGGACAGAGCAGUUUUGGUGGCUCCCAGCUUCCAGGCAGGACCAGCCCAGCUCUGGGGUUCCGAGGGGCUUGUGGGGCUCUCCUGUUUGUGGGACAUCCCCGCUGGAGAAGGGUGUCCCCCCUUGCUGCAGCCCCAGCCCUCAGACAGCGCUCAGCCAAGCAGAGAACACUCUCAGAUGUGGCCUCAUUUCUGGGCACACCUGAGCCCCUGGACAAGUUCAUACCCAUCUUGGGGUUCACCUGAGUUCCUGAAUAUCUGGAAGCCCAUUUUUAAAGCUGUUUUGAGUUUGCACAGCCUGUUUUUUGUAGUGGGGGUGCUCCAGGGGUGGGUUCUGAGAGAAGCUACUAGAAGCUUCCUCCAUGUCCAGUAGAGCAAUUCCCUGGUGGUUCCAAAGAUGGAGGUGCUGGAUGCAGAGAUCCCUCCCAAAGUCCCUGGAGAUCUCUUGAGGGUUUCUUGCAGAACAAUGGACAUGUGCACAAGCCAGCCUUCAUCAAGACUGAGUAGAAGUUUGCAGUGGCCUUGAGGACAUGGAAGAGGAAGAGCCUACUCAGAAGUAAACAAGUCCAGGAUGUAAGGCAGGACAUGAAGACAGAGCUAAAAGCCACAGCAGAGCACAUGAAGAAAGAAAACUAACCAAUUAGCUGACAGCUUGAGACGUGUGCACAGAUAGACUUAACCAAUCAUGUAUUAGUUUAGGGCACGUGAACAGUAGAACAUGAUAUAAAUGUAACCUAUUUGAGCAAUCAAUUUGCUUCAUUUGAUCACAUUGAUCAUGGUGUGAUGUCCCAUUUUUGACCCUCCACAGAGAUCCAUGGGAAUGCAGAGAUCCUCACACUCCCAGCGCUUCUCACUUCAUUCCCUGCCCCUGCCAGUGCUCUCCAUCUGUCCCCUGUCCAGUCCCUUCCAGUUCUCAUCCAGACCAUCCAAGUCCCCAUCUAUUCUGCUCAGUUCACUCCCAGUCCCUAGGAUUCCCUCCCAGUAAAUUUCCAGUCCCUUACCAGUUCAUUCUCAUUCCUUCUCAGUUCACUUAGAUCUGCCCCUGCCCUCUCAGUGCUCCCCAGCCUGCUCCACUCACUCUUGGUGCCACCCCAUUCCAUUCCCAGUCCCUCUCAGUGCCACAACAGCCCUACACCCUCUUUCUCCUCAUACCCCCCAUGUCUCCCUGCUCUUUUCCAGUGCCCCCCAGCAUGCCCACCUCACUGAUGCCUGAAGCUCCCAGGCCAGCCCCAGCUGCCUACUCUGCUCUGUGAUGGAUUUUCACCUUGCACAGGUGCAGCUGAGGUGGUUCCAGCACCAGCAGGAGCUCUUGGGGCACAUGCUGGCCCCUAAUGUGAUCCCCAAAGGGGACUGGACCCACCAGCUCCUGGUGCUG